AUGAGCAUCACCCACGUCACAUCUGCGUCCUUGCAAACCAGCGGCGGCCAGACGGGAGGCAUGGAUCGCCGUAAUGCCCUCGUCGGUAUCUCGGACCAACUCUCGGGCAGUUUGAUGAUCUCUCAGCCCCACACAAUCUCCGCUAUCCAUCAUCAUCAGUCGCAAGACACCAUCAUCUACUCUAUCUCUGGUCGCGGGGCUUUGAUCACUCUCGAAGACGGCAUAGAAGUCAAGAGAGAGAUGAACCCGGGGGACUGGGCCUUGAUACCAGCAGGAGUGGAGCACCAGGAGGCCAAUGUAGGGGAGGAUGAGGUACACUGGGUCAUUGUCAGAGGAGGUAGAGUGCCGGAAGUGAAGAACGUCGAGGGAUGGUCGACAUGA